AUGUCCUUAUAUGCACAAUGUAUUAAGUUAGCUUCCUUUCCUGAACAUGUCAUUUCAAACUUUCCCUUUCAGCCAUUGCCAACAGACACAAGACACAUCUUCUUGUCCAGUCAUUCCCCCCCCCUCUCCACUUCAACUACAAUUAUUCGCUCUUUCACAUCUACUUUCUUUGCUCUAAUUCAUCUUUGUUCUUAUUUUUUUUGUGUUUCUUUUUCUUGUUUUCGUUCAACUUACUCUCCUUUUUCUUUUGUUUCUUCUUCUUCUUACUCUCCUGAUUCUUUUGCUCCUUCUCUUCGUUCUUCUUACUCUCCUUUUUUCUUUGGUUUCUUCUUCUUGUCUUCUCUUCUUUCUUCUUACUCUCCUUUUUUCUUUGGUUUCUUCUUCUUCUCUUCUUUCUUCUUACUCUCCUUUUUUCUUUGGUUUCUUCUUCUUCUUCUCUUCUUUCUUCUUACUCUCCUUUUUUCUUUGGUUUCUUCUUCUUACUCUCCUUUUUUCUUUGGUUUCUUCUUCUUCUUCUCUUCUUUCUUCUUCUCUUCUUUUUUCUUUUCUCUUCGUUCUUCUUACUCUCCUUUUUUCUUUGGUUUCUUCUUCUUCUUCUCUUCGUUCUUCUUACUCUCCUUUUUUCUUUGGUUUCUUCUUCUCUUCGUUCUUCUUACUCUCCUUUUUUCUUUGGUUUCUUCUUCUCUUCGUUCUUCUUACUCUCCUUUUUUCUUUGGUUUCUUCUUCUUCUUCUCUUCGUUCUUCUUACUCUCCUUUUUUCUUUGGUUUCUUCUUCUUCUUCUCUUCUUUCUUCUUACUCUCCUUUUUUCUUUGGUUUCUUCUUCUUCUCUUCUUUCCCCAUUCUUUCACUUUCCUCCUCUUUCUCGCGCACGCACGCUCAACGACAGACAAAUUGUUUUAUCGUAUAAGCCACAGCCUGCAGCUAGGGCAAGUCUGAGGGCGCUCCUUGUGUUAACCACUGUUCGGACGUUGAGAUGGACUAGACAGAGUUUUCUUAUUUGUCCUUUCUUUCUUCUCUUCACUCCUUGUUUCCUUUUUAAAUUCCAUUUGAUCGACUUCUUUCCUAAUUUGUUUUUCUUUCUUGGACUUGUUUAUCUAUCUUUGUUGUAUUGUCAUAUCUUGUCUAUCUCUCGUUUUUCUUUUUUUAUAUUAUCCAUCAUACUUGCAAUGUCUCUCUCUCUCUCUCUCUCUCUCUCUCUCUCUCUUGCAUUAAUCAUAAUUCUUGCAUUCUCUCUCUCUCACGUAUUAACUGUAAUUCUUGGAUUGUUUGCCUGUCUCAUUCUCUAA